AUGUCCAUCACUCCGCGCCUUGACUUGGGUGAGCCCGGCGACUUGUUGACUAUUGGCAUCCUUACCUUGGCUCAGUGUAAUCGACUGUUGGAUAAGUUUCGCACGGUCAAAAUGCCACAGUUUCCGUUUGUCAUAAUAUCAGACUCAAUGAAUGCGAUCAGUCUCCGCCGAGAAUACCCUUUCUUGUUCAUGACUAUUAUGACUGUCAGUACGGAGGACACACCGGCCUUACAAAAGAAAUUGGGCCAUGAGGUCAAGCGAACUAUCAGUACUCGUAUCAUUAUGAAUAACGAACGGAACAUAGAUCUCCUGUUAGGUCUUCUUGUCUAUACAGCGUGGUACCACUAUCACUGGGAGUCAAUGCUGCCGCACAUGUAUCUGUUCCUUCAACUAACCGUCAUAAUGGUUGCUGACCUUGGGCUCGACCGGGAGCCGAAUUUCACCAUGCGGAACAUUGCAGCCAGCUUAGGAAGGCCUCCCACAGCGCAUCAGCUGAGUACGAGCCAUUCGGCCGCUGGCAAGAGGGCUCUGCUGGGAACCUUCUAUUUGUGCUCGGUGUCGUCGCUUUUUCGACAGCAGUUGUUCAUGAAACAUACCAAUUGGAUUAAUCAAUGCUGCGAUGACUUGAUGAAGAAUCCUGAAUUUCUAUCUGAUCAACUUCUGAAAAGAUAUAUAGACGUACGAGUGCUGGCUCAAAAGAGCGCAGAAGUAUUCAAUGGCAAUCUUCACAGCCCCACACAUUUACCCUCAAAUGGAGAGGGAAGAUUACAGGCUGGAAUCCAGAAACUUGACAACGAAUUUGGUUUAUUUCUAGGUAUGAAAUAUGAGGAUAGAGAGCAAAGAAGCAACACCUCAAAAGGCGCUUAUGUAUUUGAACUAAAAGUCAAACCAGUUCUCGUUCUUGGGCAAAUAGUCUACCACAGGAAUGACACGUUCCUUCUCGAUGAAAUGGACCAGCUUGACGACCUCAUUUCAUCGGCAGAGAGCUUCAUUGCCUCCUUCCUUGAGGCCGAACCAGAAAUUGCGAUCCACCUCCCUCUAUCCUUCUACACCUAUCUCUGGUAUGCGUUGUUAGUACUUUCAAAGGUCCUUUUGUUGUCCGACCUCGAGUGGGAAAUGACAACUGGGUUGGGGCGAAGAAUUCAUGGAGUCGCGCUGGCGGCUAUCGCAAAACAUGGAGAGCUCUCACGUGGUAACGAUGUCUGGGCGAAUAGCAAGAGGGUCAUAGGAAGCAUGAUAUCAUGGCUGGAAAAGCAUCAAGACCUGCGAAGGACGGAGCAGAGGGUGCCAAAAUGUCCGAUCUCAACGAUGCACCACUCUACGGUUGUUAACGAGAAUACAAACUACCCUUCGGCUUCUUCUGGUUCAGAUUCGAACGAACCAGGAAGACAAUUAGCCUUCCUGACACAGCACCCUGAUCGAGUGGUGACUGAUGUUAGAUUUGAUCAAAUCGCCUCAGGCGGUGUGGGUGAUGGGGUGGAUGACUACUGGGAUGCAAUACUAUGGCAGCAAAUGCUAGAAGGACCAAGGUACUUGGUCACAUAUACCAUGUCUCUCCACGCGAUUGCCAAUGGCUCUCGUAGAUCACAUCGGAAAUCUCGUCUUGGAUGUGGUAAUUGUAAACGCCGCAGGAUCAAAUGUGAUGAGGUGAGGCCAGCCUGCAAUGGCUGUCUGCGCCACUCAGUUGUGUGCGACUAUCAGCUCGAGGAAGCGAAUUCCAACGCCAAUUCACAGCCGGUAGUAAAGGCAUCUAAGGUGGCAGCUAAGCGUCAUACCUUCAUUUCGUCGUAUCAAUCCAACUUCAAGCCACCAAAGCGUGCACAUAGAACUCGCAAGUCCUUGGUAACGCAACUGCUCCAAAUUUCCUCAUCUGAGCGAAUCCUUCCAGCAUUGCCAUGCCGACCAUUUGAGUUUAGCAUCGUCGAUAUGGAGCUGUUCCAUAACUUCGUAAGUCCAACGGACUAUGGCGCUUCAGAUUAUCAAAGUGCAACGAGAAUUUACCACUCUCAACUUACCCGCCUUGGGUUCUCUUUCCCGUACGUGCUACGCCUCCUGCUUGCUUGUUCGGGCUUUCAGUUGGCACGGCGUCCAGAAAUCAUGCAGCAGCAGCAGUCUGCCAUACAGGGACAUAAUUACAAUGUGGUAGCCGAGCGCCACUAUAACAUUGCAAUUCGAGAAGUAGCAGUUGCUGUGCCACGGCUAAAUAAAGAGAAUUGCCAUGCAAUCUACACCGCUGCUGUGCACAUCUUCAUCGGCUCACUCGCCAUGGGGCCGCGACCAGGCGAGUACAUGGCAUUCCGAGAUGAUGGCCAACCUGGCUUCCUAUCCUUAUUCAUUGGUGUCAGGACAGUAUUGGAGAUAAGCAGCAAGCUGUUUUCACCAGAUGUAGUUUUAAAGGGUGAUGAAGGAGAAUUGGGUUCCGAGUCAGAAUCGAACGCAGAGACAACAGGCUUCGUCAGAAGUUCAACUCUCGCUUCCGAAUAUGGCUACUGGAUGGCCCAGUUGCGACAUCUUAUAGAAUCCGAACUUGGUACACCGGAUCCGCGUUAUCCAGUUUAUUUUACGGUAUUCGAACGACUUGACCAGUGCUACGAUGCUAUCUAUAGCCCCAGUUCGCCCAUAACAACUGCGCUUCUAUGGCCAUGCGUCUUCGGGUGGCUCUACAGACUACCGGAUGUUUUCAUGUUUGGACUUCAGCAGAGGGACCAGCCGGCAUUGGUCAUAUUUUCAUAUUUCGUUCUCUUGUUGAAUGAGCUCACCUGGAAUUGGUUCCUUCAAGAUUGGCCUAGACAUAUCCUCACUGGCAUUCACCGUAACCUCGACGUCUACCACCAACAAUACCUGCAAUGGCCUAUAGACUGCGUGACAGCCAAAGUCUAG